AUGCAACUGGGGGGCUUUGACUCCUCCUCUGACGAAGACACCACUGAGGAGGACCCGAGGCCGCUCUCUAUCUCCUGGCUGUCUUUGUCUCCUGUGUAUUCUUCUAAAUUCCUGGGACUGUGUUCCCUUCCAGGUUGCAGGUUUAAGAAUGUUAGAAGAAAUCUUCAGAAAGAUAUAGAAGAACUAAAGAGCUGUGGGACGCAGGAUAUAUUUGUGCUUUGUACCAGACGAGAGCUUUCCAGGUACCGAGUACCAAACCUUAUAGACACCUACCAGCAGCAUGGGAUUUGUGUGCACCACUACCCUAUUAGUGGUGGGGAUGUUCCUGACAUUGGCAACUGCUGUAAAAUUCUGGAAGAUCUUAGAAGCUGCUUGGAAAAUAACCGGAAAACAAUCGUACACUGUUAUGGUGGCCUCGGACGCUCGUGUCUCAUAGCUGCAUGUCUCCUGCUUCAGCUUUUGGAUACACUGACGCCUCAGCAAGUGAUAGACGAUCUGAGAAACUUGAGAGGAUCUGGGGCAAUACAGACCAUCAAGCAAUACAACUACCUCCAUGACUUUCGGGAGAAGCUAGCGGCACAUCUGGCAUCGCAGGAUACGGUAUUGAGAUCAGUAUCGCGAUAA